AUGGUGUCCAGGAGCUGCCGCUGUCGCUGCUCCACCGCGUCCAGCAGCUGCUGGGCGCGCUCAUCCCGGGGCGGCUGCGGGGGUGGCCUCCCGCCGAGCCCCAGCCCCGCCUUCCCGCGGUCCACGCCGGCAGCCUCCCUGCCCGGGAGAGAGCGAGAGACGGACGCGGCCCUGCGCGCUGUGUACCGCCUCAAGGGCCGCAGCGAGGCCAAGCCACUGGCCGUCUGCCUGGGCCGCGUGGCCGACGUCUACAGGUACUGCCAUGUGCGAGUACCGGAGGAGCUCUUGAAAGACCUGUUGCCAGGACCAGUGACCCUGGUGAUGGAACGCUCAGAGGAGCUCAACAAGGACCUGAACCCCUUUACUCUCCUUGUAGGCAUCCGGAUUCCAGAGCAUGCCUUUAUGCAAGAUUUAACCCAGGUGUUUGGGGGACCUCUUGCUCUCACUAGUGCCAACCUCAGCUCCCAAGGCAGUUCUCUCAAUGUUGAGGAGUUCCAAGACCUCUGGCCUCACUUGUCCUUGGUCAUUGAUGGGGGACCAAUAGGGGAUGGCCAAAGCCCCGAGUGUCGCCUUGGCUCGACUGUGGUUGACUUAUCUGUGCCUGGAAAGUUUGGUAUCAUUCGUCCAGGCUGUGCCCUGGAAAGUACUACAGCCAUCCUCCAACAGAAAUACGGGCUGCUCCCAUCACGUGCAUCCUGCUCAUGAACUCAGGCAGGGAAGGCCCAAGGACUGGUGCUGGAUACUGUGUGUCUGUCUGCUGGUUAUUGGCAAGGCCUCAUUUGCAGAGGCCGUUGGAACUAGUCACUGGCCUGGCCCUUUAGGCAACAUGUCUUUCUGAACACUGUAGGCUAAGUCCCAGAAGCUGCUGGUUUGACCUCAGACUUGGGGGAAAGCUGGUAUUUAUUAUUUAUAAUUUCAUAUAUUGGCUGAAAGCUGAAUGGAGAGUCUGAGAACAUUCCUAGGAUGGCCUUAUUCUGAUAAGUUUCUUCUUCUUCUUUUUUUUUUUUAACUGAAAAGUAGUUUAAUAGCAGAUUUAGAAUCUGGUGGGUGAUGGCACAUGAGGUUCAAACCAGGUAUAAGUGCUGGUACUGUUUAAAAAGUCUCAGGUAACCAAAGGCAUGGGUUGGGCUCCUGAAGCUGGAACCAGAUUAGGAUAAAGACUGUUGGACCACAGGCCAAAGGCUGUUUCCCCUAAACCAGUGGGGCUAGUGGUGCAGUCUGUUGUAACUGCCUGGUGCAGAGAGUAGUCAUUUUGGUCUAACACAGACCAUCCUAUCAGUGAGCAGUGAGAAGUCUGCUCAGUUAGGGGAGGAUCCAAGUUAAAACGUAUGUCUUUUAGGGGUUUGCUAGAGAGGAAAAGGGGGAGAAAUAUUGGAAAAUUAACCUUUACUAUCCUUUUAUCCAGUGACUGUUUACCCUAUUUAUUCAUAAAAUGUUAUAAUCAUACCCAUAUACCUGUAAUACCUUCAUUUAAAUCCAUUGUUGCUCAGCAGCCUGUUGUCUUUAUUCACGUGUACCAAGGGGUACCAAGUGUUAAACAUAAUUGUUAUUGGGCAUUUGAACUCUUUUUCUUUAAUAUAAAGAAAUGCUGCUAUUAAAUGUAUUUGCAGAUGGUU